CAGUAUAGGCCUCAGCUAAUGACUGAGAAAAGUAUUGAGGUUGUAUUUUACUUUUGGUGCGUUGGAUGAAGUUUUACAAACUGCUCAUUAUAAUAAAAAUAGUACAUAAACAAGCACCUUGCAAAUGGUGAUCACAUGGGAGAACCUUGGUGUACGCAUACAAAUGGAAACUAUUCGGAUUGGUUGAAGGACGUUAUGGACUAAAAUAACUAAGGGCGGUCAUUAUUUAAAAAUCAUGUCUAUUGGCUUAGCCCGGCACAAGACUGAAACGCAGAGAGAAGUUUGAGGUAGGUGGUGUCAUGACAUUACGACAAACAGUUUUUUUCCUCCAAGACUUAUUCUUGAUGUUUUCAUUGUACUAAUACUGAAGGCUCAACUUACAGGGACUGGAACACAUAUGGAACCUGACCCGACUUUCAACGGGACCACCGAGUUUGACCUUUGCUACCAUCUGUCGACGUAUGCAUUUUCAGAGAGUUCAUUAGUAUGCGUACUCGUAUACGUCUUCCUGGGAUCCGUGUGCCUCGUCACCGUUUUUGGCAAUCUGCUUGUCAUCUUUUCUAUCAUUUAUUUUAAGCAGCUGCACACUCCAACAAACUAUCUCAUCCUCUCCCUGGCUGUGGCCGACCUGCUUAUUGGUGUUUUGGUGUUUCCGCUCAGCUUUGUGUUCAACGUAACUUACUGUUGGUAUUAUGAAGACUUGUUUUGCAAAAUACGAGGCUGCUUCGACGUGACUCUAAGCACGGCUUCCAUCUUGAACCUGUGCUGCAUUUCCAUAGACAGAUAUCACGCAGGGUGUGAGUCGCUCACAUACAGAAGUAAAAUAAACAAUCGUGUCAUCGUGAUCAUGGUCUUGGUGAGCUGGGGUCUUGCUUGGCUUAUUGGAAUUGGUAUCAUAACCGCAGGUUUUAAUCAGGGGAAAUGUGAAGAAAACUGUUUCCUCGACACUCUAAUCUCGACCACCCUGGCAUGUAUUUUCUCGUUCUAUAUCCCUGUCAUUAUAAUGCUCUGCAUCUACCUCAAGAUUUUCCUGGUUGCACAAAGACAAGCAAACUCCAUCCAGAAUCAGGCCAGUCACUGCAAUAAGUCCGGUGCAGCAGUCAGUAAGAUGGAGAGAAAGGCCACAAAGAUUUUGGCCACCGUUAUGGGGGUUUUCCUGCUCUGUUGGACUCCCUACUUCCUCUACCUGAUCUUUCAGCCUUUGACACACAGUGCGACACCGAUCGCUGUGAUCGAGACCCUUAACUGGCUCGCGCUGUCAAACUCAAUGUUAAACCCAUUCAUAUAUGCCUUCUUUUACAGCUGGUUUCGGUCAGCAUUCAGAAUGAUCAUUUCGGGGAAAAUAUUUCGAAGGGAUUUUGCAAACACAAGGCUCUUUUAAAUGUAAAUAUAUGUACGGUCAACAUGACAAGUAUAUUUGCAGUCGGGGAACAUUGGGUCUGAUUUUGUUUUUGUAUUAAAAACAUACUGAUUACAUACUUACAUACUACAGACAUACUGAUACUGAUUUACUUCCAAAGAUAGUAUAUGUAGUUUGGAUUCAUGACAUUAGCGAAUUAAUGUUCCGUUGUUGUGGAGUUUCAUUGUAUUAACCUUACAGAAAAAAGAACACCACUCUUGUACGUAAUGAGCCUCCACUGUAUCUCUGUGGAAACAUAUAUAAAACAGUGUAAGGAAUAAAUGUUGUUCAUUAAAGCUGUUUCACACAAGAAAUCCCUGAGUCAUGGGCUUUCUCUAUUCCUGUUGUCUAUGUUGUUGUGACUAA